CCAAGUGCCCAACUCAUCGAGUCAACCACCACACCAGAUCCCAGCCCAAACCAAAACACCUCUCUUCCUCGCUCCUUGUCCAUGGCGAGCCACCAGAACAGCCACAGCAACGGCUACGUCGCCAGGGAGAACGGCUACGUCGCCGGGGAGAACGGCAACGGGCACGAGGCGGCGGCGGGGGUGUGGAGGUUCGCGCGUGGUAAGGAGGACGCGCUGGCGGCGGCGGGGGACAAGAUGAGCAUCCGCGCGGUGCGGUACAUGAUCAGCGCGAGCGUGGACAAGCGCGACCCGCGGCCCGUGCUGCCGCUGGCGCACGGGGACCCCUCCGUGUUUCCAGCCUACCGCACGGCCGCUGAGGCGGAGGACGCCGUGGCCGCCGCCCUCCGGACGGGCCAGUUUAACUGCUACCCCGCCGGCGUCGGCCUCCCCACCGCCCGCCGUGCUUUGGCAGAGCACCUGUCGCAUGACCUCCCGUACAAGGUCUCCGCGGAUGAUAUCUUCCUCACCGCCGGAGGCACUCAAGCCAUUGAGGUCGUUAUCUCGGUUCUUGCCCAACCGGGCACCAACAUAUUGCUCCCUAAACCAGGCUAUCCAAAUUACGUGGCGCGUGCCGCACUCAAUAACCUAGAAGUUCGUCAUUUUGAUCUGAUUCCUGAAAGAGGCUGGGAAAUUGAUAUCGACUCUCUUGAGUCUAUUGCUGACAAGAACACCACUGCAAUGGUCCUCAUAAACCCCAACAACCCUUGUGGGAGUGUCUAUACCUACAAACACUUGGCAAAGGUCGCGGAGGUAGCAAGGAAGCUUGGAAUAUUAGUUAUUGCUGAUGAAGUAUAUGGCAAUUUGGUUUUCGGGAACUCCCCAUUUGUCCCAAUGGGUGUCUUUGGGCACAUUGCCCCUGUGUUGAGCAUAGGAUCCCUAUCAAAGAGAUGGAUAGUGCCUGGAUGGCGUCUUGGUUGGGUAGCAGUAUGUGAUCCCAGUAAGAUCUUGCAAGAAACUAAGAUUAUUAUGUCAAUUACAAACUUCCUUAAUGUUUCGACUGAUCCAGCAACUUUUGUUCAGGGAGCACUUCCAGAUAUUCUUGAGAACACAAAGGAAGAUUUUUUCAAGAGGAUCCAUGGUUUGCUAAUUGAAACAUCAGAGAUAUGUUAUAGAGAAAUAAAGGACAUCAAAUGCAUCACUUGUCCUCACAAGCCAGAAGGAUCCAUGUUUGUGAUGGUGAAAUUGAACUUAUAUCUUUUGGAGGGGAUCCAUGAUGAUAUUGACUUUUGCUGCCAGCUGGCAAAAGAGGAGUCGGUAAUUUUAUGCCCAGGGAGUGUUCUGGGGAUGCAAAACUGGGUCCGCAUAACUUUUGCCAUUGAUUCAUCUUCUCUUCUAGAUGGUCUUGAGAGGAUCAAAUCUUUCUGCCAGAGGCACAAGAAGAAGAAUUUGCUUAAUGGGUUUUAAUUGUACCUGGGAUCAAAGUUGUUGACUAGUUCCAAUGUUUUCCAUUGUAUCUUCAACAAAUGUGAAACUUCUAUUUCCUAAGAAUCUAUAAAGUUAAUGUUUACAUAUACA